UGACCAUUUGUUGGAGAGCAUUUAUUACGCAUCUUCUCAACGAGUUUGGGGCUUAAGAUAUCCAUCCGCUCUUUUGUUUGCAUGUCAGACCUGCCGGAAGAAGAAGAAAUGGGUCCAGUAACUCCUGCAAUGAAACGCUUUCUCUCUGCAGAGCGGUACGCUGUCAUCGGCAAGGUGCUUAGUGAUCGUUCAAGAUGGGAUAACAAGGUUCUUAGAUGGUAUCAAACCCAUAAAUACCCCGUUACCCCAGUUCGACCUGACAAUCCAUCUUCCGAAGCCAUCGAAGGGUUAGACGUCCUUACUGACCCGCUUGCCAUCCCUUCCCUCCCAUCCACAUCUGUCUCCAUCAUCAUCCACCCCUCAAAGUCACUCGGUAUCCUUCAGAAACUCUUCUCUAAUCCAUCAAAGGCACCCUACAGUGUAUGGUUCCAACCGGGGGCUGAUGAUGAGAGUAUCUGGAAGUGGGUAAAAGAGAAAGGUCUGGAGGAUAAGGUGAUUGGUCAUGGGGCAUGUAUGUUGAGAGAUGGGAAUGGAGUGUUGGCUGCCAUUCAAGAGGAUAAGGGCAAACUGUAAAAUGUGAAAGGUGUAUUAUGAAGUCAUUUUGUUUCUCCUUGGACUAUUGCCAGCCUCCGCUAUAGUUUACUUAGCA